CGACAGUGCGCUCCUGCACCUCCCGGCACGGCCAACCUCGCCCAUGUCUCAGUACGCUCCCAGCUCGGACGUCAAGAGGGCUUUGGACAGCAGUCCUGAGGCCAACACUGACGAUGACAAGACCGAGGAGGACGUGCCCAAGCCCCAGAACUACCUGUGGCUUGCCAUCGUCGCGUGUUUUUGCCCCGCGUACCCCAUCAACAUCGUGGCUUUAGUCUUCUCCAUCAUGGCUCAGAACAGCUAUGAGGAUGGAGACAUCGAAGGAUCCAAGCGGCUUGGAAGGAAUGCCAAGUGGGUGGCCGUUGCCUCCAUCAUUAUUGGCCUUCUCGUCAUUGCUAUUUCUUGUACAGUUCACUUCACAUGGAAGUAGAGCCUGAACAGCCAGCAGUCAGCCACAAGCAUGGAGGAUGGACCUCAUUCACACACACCCCAGAGGAGUUUUUGAGGAAUGGAUCCUUGACUUCAGACUGUGAGAUCUUUUCCUCCAGGACUCUCCAGCGGCAGGUCCCUGGCAAAUGAACUCAAACCAGAAAGAACAGCAGCAGCAGCAACAACAAAGUCCGAAAUUUAGGAAACCCAGGCAGUAAAGCCAGAUCAGCUGAAGCCAUUGUUUUUUUUUUUUUUUCUUAAGAAAAUUAAGCCUCACUGUCUCAGUAUAUCAAAAGCCGUUGUGUCCAUGUGUGCAUUCCUCUUCUCCAGAGAUGAGCCUCAGAAAAUCUCGUUGCUUUUAAAGGGGGAAAAAGUCCAGAUCUGGGAGGAGAGGGAAGUUUUGGAAAGAGUAAAGGAUGCUGGUUUGCAACAUGGAGCACAUUUGUAGCACAUUUAAAGUCAUUGAAUAGAGCUGAAUUUGUGCCUUGUUUCCUUUCAUUUUUACAUGUUAUAGCUUCACUUUGGCCUUUAGUAGCUCCUCCUCCAUCAGCUCUAUUCUGUCAUCAAAGGGGGAUGAAGGGGCUCUCUGGUCUUUUGCCUUAGUCUCGCCUGACUCCGUCUCCUUGCUUGCAUCCCCCAUGGGUCAGCUUGACCAGAGUCUCAUUUGUCACCUCAGACAGACUCUGAGAAUUUACUUGGUGGUCAGUCCUUAGGUACAUGGGCAUCCUUCCCAUCCCAGUUUUGAGAAUAUACUGCCUGUGUUUAAUGAACUUACUUCAAUCUCUCUCUCUCUCUUUAGCAAGUCUCAGGCAAGAUCUUUGAUUUUCCUGGAUGCCACCUGGAAAUGCCACCCAGUGUAUUUAUUUUCCUGUCAAAUAUAAACCCUGCAGGUGUGACCACUGGUUUAACAAUGCCACCAUCAUUCUGCCUGCCAGAACACGCUAACCCUGCGUGCAAGACAUACCACUGGUGGUACACAAAGGUAACUUUUAAGUCAUUUGCAGCCACAAGAUUGAAUGUCACUGACUCACAAAGAACAUUUGCACUUCUCUUUUUCAGUCCUGAUUACAUUUCAGAGAAAGUCUCUGUUUAGUGCUCAUGGGUCCUCAACAUCUUUCUGAUCCUUUGGCUUGUUUCCCUUCUUAAUAAAGAGCAGACCCCAGGUUCAAAGUCUUCUGUUUAGACAAAAUUUAAUUACUUAGUGGGUUUUAUUUUCAGUUUGUGUAUUUUAUUACUUUCCAUUUGUGAAUCUCCACUUAGGGAUAUAAUUUUCUGUUCAAAUGCAUUUACUUAAAAAAGGAAGUGGACUCCAAGAAAAUAUUAAGUGGUUAACACAACAGAGUGAUAGGGGGUAUAUGUUAAAACUAACUUCAAAAACUAGUACUAGAAAUCAUGAAAAUAACCUUCCUAAGCAAAAAAAAAAAAAAAAAAAAAAGGCACCUUAUUCUAAGUGAAUGAACAAGUGUUAAAUCAAAACACCUGGGUUUCAAUGCCUCCUUUGCCACAAUCUACCUAUGCAAGCUGAUUUUAGGCGAGUUUCUUAGCCUUCUGUGCCUCAGAUUUCUUCAUCUGGAAAAUGGAGAUGAGAACACCCACCUACUUAUCUGAGAGUGGUCAGUGUGAGAAUUAAUCGCAGUGAUAGAUGCGACUGCCCUUGGAGGGAAAAUUCUCACUGUUACACAAAUACAAAGCAUUGUUCUUAGAUUAUUGUGGAUCUCAGGCCUUUGGUAAAAACCCUGGCCCCUCACAAAAAAUAAACAUGGGUGGACACCGGAUUCCACCUGUCAUUUCACCCAGACGUCCGUCAUGAGCCAGUACUUGUCCCAGGAGGACAUGAACCAGGAAUACCAAUUCUUAGCACACAGAGAUCCUAGCAUCAUUCCAGUAAAUGGAUCUUGAUUCCUGUUCCACACACCUUGUUUUCUGUUUGUUUGUAUUCGACUUCCUGAUCUUUUAUCCAGAUCAAAUUCAGUGUUGCUGAGAGGCAGAAUAAAAAUGGUUUUAAGAAAGCUGGUCUA